AUGGCUACAGUGCGAAUCUGCGUUUGUGGUGAUGAGGGCACUGGCAAGUCCAGUCUCAUCACCUCCCUUGUGAAGGGGGUGUUCGUCACAAACAAAAUCCAGCCUAUCCUACCUCAAAUUACCAUCCCUCCCACGAUCGGUACCCCCGAGAAUGUCACGACAACGACGGUGGUGGACACCUCCGCUCUUCCGCAGGAGCGCAAUAAUCUGGCCAGAGAGAUCCGGAAGUCCAAUGUAAUCCUACUCGUAUAUUCGGACCAUUACAGCUAUGAGAGAGUCGCUCUAUUCUGGUUACCAUACUUUCGUUCUCUAGGGGUCAAUGUCCCCGUGGUACUAUGUGCGAACAAGUCCGAUCUCGCCGCAGAUCAUACCGAGGCCCAGGUCAUUGAGGAGGAAAUGCUACCAUUGAUGGCGGAGUUCAAAGAAAUCGACUCUUGCAUCCGCACCAGCGCUCGUGAACAUCGAAAUGUCAACGAAGCCUUCUUUCUCUGUCAGAAAGCAGUGACUCAUCCGAUUGCGCCGUUGUUUGACUCCAAGGAAUCCUCCCUAAAGCCGGCAGCCAUUGCAGCGUUGCAGCGAAUAUUCUACCUCUGUGAUAAGGAUAGGGAUGGUUAUCUGUCUGAUAAAGAGAUCAAGGAUUUUCAAAUGAGAUGCUUUGAGAAGCCAUUGAGUGAGGAGGAUUUGGUUCACAUUAAGGAGACCAUUCAGAGAACGCACCCUCAUUCAGUGACACCCUCAGGCAUCGAUUGCCGCGGAUUUUUGCAGCUGAACAAAAUGUAUGCGGAAAAGGGUCGACAUGAGACUGUUUGGAUUAUCCUACGAGCCUUCCAAUACACAGACAACCUAUCGCUACAGGAGAACUUCCUUCACCCGAGGUUUGACGUACCCCCUUAUGCGUCGGCUGAGCUUUCGCCAGAGGGAUAUCGAUUCUUUGUGAACCUCUUCCUGCUUUCAGACAAGGAUAACGAUGGAGGCCUGAACGAUGCUGAGCUAGCAUCGUUGUUCGCGCCCACCCCGGGAUUGCCUGCUUCAUGGGCGGACGGUUCCUUCCCAUCCUCUACCGUCCGCAACGAAGCUGGCCAUGUCACGCUUCAAGGAUGGCUUGCACAAUGGAGUAUGACUACUUUUACGUCGCCUAAAACAACAUUGGAGUAUCUGGCCUACCUGGGAUUCGAGUCGUCCGACCGAAGCAAUCCUUCUACAACAGCAGCCCUUAAAGUUACGCGACCGCGAAAGCGACGCAAGCGUCCUGGCCGUGUGGGCCGCAAUGUUGUUCUUGGUCAUGUCCUUGGAGCUGCAGGCUCAGGUAAAUCUGCACUCCUCGACGCUUUCCUGUCCCGCGGAUUCAGUACUACUUAUCGUCCCACUAUCCAGCCCCGAACUGCUGUGAACACGGUUGAGCUUCCGGGAGGGAAACAGUGCUACCUCAUCCUCGAUGAGCUCGGGGAACUGGAGCCUGCCCUCCUCGAGAAUCAGGUAAAACUGCUGGACCAGUGCGAUGUCAUCGUGUACACGUAUGACUCGUCAGAUCCCGAUUCCUUUGCAUAUAUCCCAGCGCUGCGCGCCAAAUAUCCUCACUUGGAGGAGCUGCCUAGUGUGUUCAUUGCUCUCAAGGCAGACUUGGAUCGGACUACUCAGCGGGCUGAAUAUCAACCCCACGAAUACACUGCUAUGUUGAAUAUGCCGAGCCCUCCCCUUCAUGUCAGUGCCACUUGGAGUUCCAUCCAGGAGGUGUUUGUCCACAUUGCAGAAGCGGCCAUGGAGCCAAGUACGGCCUUCCCGCGGAGUGAGGAAGACGUGGAAGGCAAAUGGAUGGCAUGGGGAAUUGCUCUUGGAGCAGUGGUUUGUGCCGGAGCGGCGGCCGUCAUGAUUUGGCGGAGAGUUAGUGGAAGCGGAGUGUGA